AUGCCCUCCCAGCCCCUUCCCAAAGCUCAACGCAUGAGCUACCGCAUCGGCUGCGGUGAACAAGGCGUAUUAACCUUCGAGCCCUACAAAUCCGCCAUCCUACCCCUCUGGCGCUUCAAAACACCUUCUAUAGCCCGCACAUCCUCAGCUCAAAUCUACGCCAAAUUCUUAGAAUACGACACGCAAGAUGACUUCAUUGGCAUGGAUAUGAGCCGCAAGUUCCUGCAGAUGGGUAUGACGCGCGCGAAAAGAUAUGCGAAUCAUGCUGGGGGGAGAAAGUAUGAUAAAGAGACGGGAGAGGAGUUGGCGAAGAGCACGGGGCAUGUGGGUAUGCAGGAGAAAUUAGAAGCAAGUUUGGUUUUUAGGGAGGUGUGGGAGAAGGCGAAGACGCACGAGGGGUAUGUGGAGAAGAAGGAGAGGUUUAUGAAAGAGCAGAAAGAGUGGGAUAAGGAGAUGAAGAAGACCAAGCAGAUACAGGAGAAGGAAGCGAAAGAAUGA